AUGCAGCACACUAUCAAGACCAGCUCCUUUAUUCUCUCUCAUACACACGCCAAGGGGUUGGCAAUCCCUCGUGUACCGGUCGAUAUGGCAAUUUAA